CAGCCCACAGCUGCCUCUGCUCUCAGAGGAGGCUGAGCUUCUGAGAGGACUUGUCUGAGAGUGGACCUGGCCUUGUGUUUGUCCAUCUGACAUGGAGCCAAAGCGCAUCAGGGAGGGCUACCUUGUGAAAAGGGGGAGUGUGUUCAACACCUGGAAACCCAUGUGGGUUGUAUUGUUAGAAGAUGGAAUUGAAUUCUAUAAGAAGAAAAGUGACAACAGCCCCAAAGGAAUGAUCCCCCUGAAAGGAAGCACUCUGAACAGCCCUUGUCAGGACUUCGGCAAAAGGAUGUUUGUGUUUAAGAUCACUACGACCAAACAGCAGGACCACUUCUUCCAGGCAGCCUUCCUGGAAGAGAGAGAUUGCUGGGUUCGGGACAUCAAGAAGGCCAUUAAAUGCAUUGAAGGAGGCCAGAAGUUUGCUAGAAAAUCCACCAGGCGAUCCAUUCGACUGCCAGAAACCAUUGACUUAGGCUUUUUUGUUGUCAAUGGUCUUCUCACUGACCUCUUUCUCACUCAUCUAACUCCUAUGUGUCCCCCAUGGAUAAAUCCAGACAGUGGGUUCUUCUGUGAAGAGAAUUCCAGUGAUGAUGAUAUUAUUCUGAAAGAAGAAUUCAGAGGGGUCAUUAUCAAGCAGGGAUGUUUACUGAAACAGGUGAGUGGCCCCCACUAUUCCCUUUUAGCCUUUCCCCCUUGCCAGGUCCUUUUUAUUUCUAAAUCACCAAAUUAUGAUUUUAUGUGGCUAGUAGUCAACUACAAUAUCAUGGGGAAAAAAAUAGAUGUUUUAAGAAAAAUAUUGACCUUUGAAUUAGCUGGAGGAAAUCAAUUGGGGGAAGACCCUCUGGGAGCGAUUCGCUUGAGAGGCUGUGUGGUGACUUCAGUGGAGAGCAACUCAGAUGGCAAGAAGAGUGAAGAAGAGAACCUCUUUGAGAUCAUCACGGCUGAUGAAAUUCACUAUUUCUUGCAAGCGGCCACCCCCAAGGAGCGCACUGAGUGGAUCAAAGCCAUCCAGGUGACCUCCCGGACUGGGAAGUGAGGACACACCUGAUGCUCCUCGUCACCCUCCCGAGAAAACCCCAUGGAUAAGUUUGGUCCAGGAUCUGUUCACUUCUGGUGACAAAACAACCAGAAAGGGCUCAAGGGUGGGAAAUUUUUAUUUGUGGGGGUUCUGAAUGUAACUAACCACAUGCCACGCGAUGUUCACCUGCACCCACCACAUGGCUCACUGAGGCUUCUCUGCUACUCUCCAUGUCCCCCAAGCAGGUAUAACCAGCUGUGUGGCCUGGGUACACUGCUUAAUCUCUCCAGGCCUCAGAUUCCUCUUCUAGAAAAUGAAGAAGUAAGAUUCCUGAGGUCUUCCCUAGCUUAAAACCAAAGCCCUGUGAUUCUAAUGCCUGUGGAAAUGAAAGUGCCUGUAGUCAUCCAGCUGGUGUCUUUUCUUGGCUAAGUCUUGGCCUUCAGAACCGGAGACAGCUCUUUCCUGGAAAAUCAUCCCAAUCUGUACUCAGAGGGCUAGGUAUCGGCCUCUCUUGUUCUCUUUCACUGCCUUGCCUUUCUCUUGGCUAUGAGAUCAUGUAUCAAAAUAUCUUUUCUUCCUUCCUCACUCCAUCCAGAAACUUCCUGAGAGCCAGAGCUGCAGCAGUGGCUUUUGGGUUGAAAACUUCUUUCACUUACCAUAGCCUGGAAAGUAACGUCUUCUGAGAAAAGACCUAAGGAAGCAAGGAGUAGACAAGGAAGGAUCUUUUCAAUGCCCUGAAGGCACCGAGGGCAGGCAUUUUCUGCUCCCACUUGAGGCUGAUCUGAGAAGGGUCUAUCUUUGUCCCUUUCUGAAGCAGUUCUCUAUCAUUUAUUAUAAUUAGGACGAGGAACUCCAAAUAUUUGAGAUAGUUUCAUUUGAAUGUUUGCAGAAAAAAGUGGCCAUAUGGGUUCCCUUAAUGGGUUCUCUCCAUGAGUGAGAGGCCUGGGUAGCUGCCUGGCUAAUGUGUCUCCUCAACCCCAGCUCCAGAGGGUACAGAGGCUGCACCAUAGGCAGGCAGAUUGGAUGAUAGGUUUAUACAAAGAGCACCGAAAGGACUGAAGUCUAGACAGAGCUAGAAGAGGGGGGCUGUUGACAUCAUUCAGUACCUUCAAUUCUCCACCUAAUGAUACUGUGGUUGUGCCUGAGCUUUAAGCAUAAACUGUGGCAGCUCCUGCUUGAACCCCAAGGAGCCUCAUGAAACCAUUACCAACCAGAGUAAUAUGACCUAGAUUCAUACUGGGUACCUUUUUCCAGCUUUUGACUGUGGCCACUAACUAGUGAUUCUAAUCCAAAAGAUUAGAGAAAGAAACCAGUGAUGUGUGUGAUGGUGUAGUUUUCAAUUUUAGAUUUUUAAUUUUAAGGCCCUAGUGAGGAAAGGAGAGUAGAAAAUCCUUCCUGAUUUUAUCAACUCUUCUCUUUCCCUCCCUCAAUACCACACGAUAUCCAUGAGGCUGUUCCUACUCCUAGAUUGUUUUAUCAAUGGCCUACAGGUAAAAGACUACCUUUGCUCUGAUUCUUAGUAAACGGUCUUCCUAGAACAUGCACAGUCAUUUUUCUACAUUUCUACAUCAGUGUUAAAAGUAUUUAUUAAUAUGGAGUCCACUUUUAUGUUUUGAAAUAAACAUAACCAUGUUUAAUGUC